AUGAGCCCGGACUUCCAGAAGCGGCCGUGUAAGAACUUCGUGGGCAGGCUGAGCUCUUCAGAUGGCCAUUGGGAGGUGGACAUGCGUUGCCAGGGGUCCUCGGAGCAUGCCGUGCGGUUCACUUGCUUGAAGAGUAUCACAUGGACACGUGACUGCCGCGGUAAUGAGUUGAGCCCGGCGGUGGAGCAGCUAACGGCAUGCUACUCCUUGGGUGCCCAUGGCAACGUCAUCAUGUUUCGCGAUGACAACGAUCAGAAUGCACCUGGAACGCAGUACAAAUGGAACGAGACCAACUACACUGGGAAGAUUACUGAUCCUACUCCCAGCGGCUCUGCAAGAGCAGUGAUCGUGCAUCGAGAUGCAGUCACCGGCAUUGACCGAAUCUUUGCCUUGCAUGGCGUGCGAGGAGCACUGUCCGGGCAUUACGAUCCUGACAGUAAGACGCCAGGCCACGUGGUGUGGGAUAAGGAUCCCGAGAAGCUGGACCUGUCAGCGGUCAAAGGAGGAGCAACAAAACUGGAGUUUCGCCCGCUCGCUUUCGUCAGUGCCAACGGCAAGCUGUACAUGUCGGCUGCCUCCCUGAUUCUGCAACGGGUCGACGGCCACAACCCUGUUUGGAAAGUGGUCACAGACAUUGCCAAGUUUCGAAGCGAUGGCAAAUUCCACGAGGCGGUUGGUGGGAUUCGAGGCCUCACGGCCGUGCCGUGCCCAUCGAACCCCAAGCAGGACUCCAUCCUCUGCUGCUGGAACCCAAAUGGCCAAUCCCACUAA